AUGGUUGAAGCAGAUACUUGCAAACCCAGCGGCAAGCUUAGAGGGAAAAAGCCUCCUCCAGGUAAAUGUAACAAAGGCCAUGAUUCAGAUUGUUGCAAAGAAGGCAAGUUUUACGACACGUACAAGUGUUCACCGCCGGUUUCAAAUCAUACUAAGGCGACAUUUACUCUCAAUGGAUUCGAUUCUGGUGAGGACGGUGGCAGUCCAUGCGAAUGCGAUGACAAGUUUCAUGAAGAUUCGGAAUUGAUUGUGGCCCUUUCGACGGGAUGGUUCAACAAGAAAAAAUGGUGUAUGAAGUAUAUUAACAUCCAUGGUAAUGGAAAAACUGUUAAAGCUAAAAUAGUCGACAAAUGUGAUUCCACGAUGGGAUGUGACGAUGAACACGAUUUCCAGCCUCCAUGUACCAACAACAUAGUCGAUGCCUCGGAUGCAGUUUGGGAUGCCUUGGGAGUGUGUGGAGACAAAUGUGGCGAAAUGGAGAUAUACUGGUCUGAUAUACAUGCAAAACCCAGCGGUAAGCUUAGAGGGAAAAAGCCUCCUCCAGGUAAAUGUAACAAAGGCCAUGAUUCUGAUUGUUGCCAAGAAGGCAAGUUUUACAACACGUUUACAUGUUCGCCACCGGUUUCAAGUCAUACCAAGGCGAUCUUGACUCUCAAUGGAUUUGGUCCGAAGGAGGACGGCGGCGUUCCAUGUGAAUGCAACAACAACUAUCAUAAAGAUUUAGAACUGAUCGUGGUGCUUUUGACGGGGUGGUUCAACAAGAAAAAACAUUGUAUGAAUUAUAUUAACAUUCAUGGUAAUGGAAAAACUAUUAAAGCUAAGGUAGUCGAUGAAUGUGACUCCACGAUGGGGUGUGAUGAUGAACACGAUUACCAGCCUCCGUGUGCCGAUAACAUUGUCAAUGCCUCAGAUGCAGUUUGGGAUGCCUUGAGAGUGUAUGGAGAUAAAAGUGGUGAAAUGGAGAUAUACUGGUCUGAUGCUUGA